CAGAGGAAAAGGACGACGAGACGACGGACGACGACGACCGGCCUCCACCGCACCACUCCACUCCACAAAGCCGAGCCGCUAAAGCGCCCAAGGAGAGGAGAGGGAGGCCGACCAUUAUAACCCACACAAAUUCCCCACCGAGAGAGAAGCGAACCCCGAGCCGAGCACUGAAAAAAGGAGAGGAGGACACAAGGAAGAAGAAGCUAGAGAGUCGCGCAGCUAGAGAGCACAGAAAGGCGCGAGCUUUUCUUGCUUUCGGCGACAUGGCGAGGUGGACGGUGCAGCGGUGCGGGCUGCUACUGCUGGUGGCGCUCGUCCUCGCGGUGACCGCGGCCGUAGCGGACGACAGCGGCGAGAAGUGCACCGGCGGGUGCGGGAACCCGUGCGGCAUCCCGUGCACCUACUCCAGCCCGCCGCCGCCGGAGCCGGCGCUGCCCCCGCCCGUCUACUACCCGCCGCCGGCGCCCGUCUACUCGCCGCCGCCGCCCGAGGCCGUCUACCCGCCGCCCACGCCCGCGGCCGACUGCCCGCCGCCCCCCACCGAGGGGUACACGCCCGCGCCCUACACGCCGACGCCGUCCACGCCGUCCGGGGGCUACACCCCUGCGACGCCCUCCGGCGGGUACAACCCUACGCCGUCCGGCGGGGACGGGUACAACCCGACGCCGUCCGGCUGGUUCACGCCGCCCAACAUGCCGUCGUACCUGACACCGCCGGGGCCGCUCUACCCGCAGGACCCCGGGUUCCGGCCCAACGCCGCGCCGGGCCUCUUCGCGUCGUGGCGCGCGGCGACCCUCGCGGCGCUGGCGGUGGCCGCAGCCGUCGCCUUGUGAUCGGCCCAUCAACGCAGCAUCGUUCCAUGCCAAGGUACACGCGUCGCCUGCCGGGCAUGGAGCCACCAGCUGCACCGAGAGCGAUCGGCUGAUCGAUCCAUGGAGCCGGUGAGCCGCCGUACGUGGUGACCAUGGUGACCUUCAAGCGCGCGCUUGCAUGGCGUACGUUUUUCCUCAUUGAAUUCCGUUGAUUCCGUGUUGAUAAUAAGUAAGGUUAGGGGAAGAAGCAGGUCGAUCCAUCUCGGUGUUAAUAAUUUUUUUUUGAGUUUUUCAUUCGUGUUGUGCUCAUGUUCAUGUCGUACAUCGGGUCGGCAGAUGAACCGUUCUUGUCAUGUACGUAAGUUGGGUCUCGUUUUUCGCUUUGGUCAGUCAAUCAUAGGAAGGAAGGAAAAGGGUGAAUGUUCAUCGAUCAGGCUAUGUGAUACUGAUACAUAAUAUAUAUGUCUCUGAUUACUCACA